CCACACUCAGACCGGUGAGAUUAGGCGGUUCAAAUUCCUCGGCUGAAGCACUGUUUCUAUGCUGUACUGCUCUGUGACUCUUUGAGUCCCUAAUCUCCGAUCCAUAAUGCAGACAACAGUCUGAUUAAAAGAUGGCACAGAAUAAAUAUCAAAAGUUUAAUUAUUCACACCUAAUUCCCCAAGAAUACUCCAACAGUGCAGAUAUGCUUGAAGUCUUUCCACGCUGCCCGUCCCUCUGCACCACACGCUCCCUCUCGCCGAUCUUUCGUACCCAUGGAACACACUCAAGAUGCUGGAGGAACUCAGCAGGUCAAGUAGCAUCUAUGAAACUGAAUAAUAAUUUGAUGUUUCGGGCCGAGCUCCCUCUGUGGAAUUGGAAAGAAAGGGGGAAGAAGCCAGAUCAUUGAUUUGGAUGAUGCGGGUUGUUGUUCUGAGCUCAGGGUCUGCGUUCCGGCUCUGCUGGUCCGGGCACAUUUCUUAGAACAGGGAAGGGCUCUUUGCUGAAAUCAAAUCUAUUCAGUUUGACAAUUCCCUCUGCUUCGGGUGUGAACAAGGUCACUUUAUAUAUCGUAUUUAACCAUUUCAGCUGCAGCGUAGAGUGUUAGAAACUUUAGCAUAAUUUAUAGAACAUUUCCUAUGGUCUCGAAUCCGUGACGUUACCAUUUACAGUUGUUGCCAUGUUUGCUGUUUGUGUUUACCUCAGACUCGCAUAAUCUGCAGUUGGGUUAAAAUAAUCUCCAAAGGUCUUGUAAAUAAAUCAGUCCAUGCUCUCCCAAUCGUGACUACAUCCCUUAAUGUGAAGGUCAUCACCUCCGAGCUGGAACCUGCACGUUCCCAGUUACGGAUUCUUCGAAUCUUUUCAGUGCUGUCGAGGUGAGGGGCAGGAGCAGAGUGAGGUGUGAACAGGAUCAACAGGCAGCUGUAGAUGAAAAUGAGUGUAAGGGCAGACAGCAGGGAAAGAGAAACAGAGGGGGCAGGUUUAGAGAGAAAAGGGGAGGUAGAGGGAGAUAGAGAAAUGGGAGAGAGAGCUUGAGAGGGGAGAGAUAAAGGGAGAGAAAUGGAGUGGACGGUUAGUGACUAGUUGAGUGAGAAGGAUAGUGAGGCUUGGAGAUUGAAAGAAAUGGGUGAGAGGGGGAGAUAGAGAGGAGAGAGGAAGAGAAUAUGUGAGCUCAAGGGAGAGUGUGAGGGAUAGGAGUGAACAUGGAGUGACGUGUGAGUUAAGGAGAGAAGCUGAGGAUUGUGGGGUGAGAGUGGGAGUAAGAGAGUUGAGUUGUUAGGACCACAGACAAAGUCAGGAAUCGCAGGUUAACCAAGGUGCGAAUAAUGUUCCGAGCUGCGUACAUUUCAGUGCCAGAAGCAUUGAAGGAAAGGCAGAUGGGCUCAGGGCAUGGAUCAACACGUGGAAUUGUGACAUUGUAGCCAUUCGUGAGGCUUGGUUGCAGGAGGGGCAGGAAUGGCUGCUCUGGGUUUCCAUUGUUUUAGAUGCGACAGUGCAUGUGGAAUUAAAUGGGGGAGGGGUGGCAUGAAAAUGGCCCGGCAGUGCUCAGUCAGGAAAGACUUCAUGGGCAGAACUGUGGAAUAAGAAAGAUAUGACCACAUUAAUGGGGCUAUAUUACAGACAAUCCAACAGUCUGUGGGAUUCAGUGGAGCAGAUUUGCUGAGAGAUUGCAGUCCAGACCUCUCCUGCAUGCUCUGGAGGCAAGUGCAGAAAUUGCAGGGCCCGAGCAGAGAUCUUCAGAUCAUCCAUGGCGACAUGUGAGGUAGCGGAAGAUGGGAAGAUAGAUAAUGUUGUCCCACUGAUUCAGAAAACCUCCAAAUAUAAACCAGGAAAUUCGAGGCCGGGAAUCCUGAUAUAAGUAGUUGGACAGUAAUUGAAAGCUAUUCUAAGGGACCAGAUCUGUGAUUAAUUGGGUAGAAUUUGACUGAUUCGGGAUGGUCAGGUUGGCGUUGUGCCUGGUAGGUCGAGCCUCAGCGUUCUUAUAAAAGACAAGACAGUGCAUGUUACCUAAGUGGACAUUUGCAAAGUUCAACUUGGGAACAGGUUUCAGUUGCUGGACACUCAAAAUAAGGCAGUAAAUUGAACUAAACAGUGGUUUGGUGGGGGAAGCCGCGAUGUGGUCGUUGAUGGUCGCCUCUCUGACUGGAGGCCUGAGUACAAUGGAGUGCUGCAGGGAUCAGCGCCGGCUCGGCUGUUCUUUGCCAUCAAAACCAACAAUCCGGACGAUAUUGUGGUCAACUGGAUCAGCAGAGUUACAGAGAACGCCGAUCUUGGGGAUAUAGGGAUCAGCAUCAAUGGAACUGGACAAUGUCGAUGCUUCAAGCAGAGACCCAUCAGUGAAAUUGGAAACGGAGGGGGAAGGGGACAGAUUAUGGAUUGAUUUGAAGGUUCGGGUUGUUGUUCUGUGAAACUCGGUGCUCAGGGCCUGUGUGUGAGCUGCUGCCUGUUCACGCACAUUCCUCAGAACAGGGAGCGGCCCCUCUCCAGAAAUCAAAUGCAACCGGUUCUGAAAAAAAAAGAAAACCCUCAGGCAGGCGCAAAGAAAGUCACUUCAAUGUCGUACAUAAGUCUUUCUGCUGCCAGGAAGAGCGAGAUGAUCUCUGACAUGAUUUACACAGGGCCCCGAACUCGCAACAUUAACAGUUACAGUUGUUGCCCCGUUUGCCGCGAGUUUCCAGCACCUUAUGUUUAUCAAUUCCCCUGAAUCGAGAGGCGCUGAGGAAAUCUUUGUCCAGAUUUGUUACAGUUGAGUGUGAAUAUAUAUGGUCGGAGGUGUUUGGAUUAAUUUCAGCAGAAAGGCGGCUCCCCGCACCUGAUCAGGGUUGCCUCAUUGAUCCCACUCCCGCCUCCUCCCGCUGUCAGACCCGUCCUGAGCCGGUGAGAGUUAGUGUGACCCGGCCCGCGGCAGUCCCGCUCUACCCCGGCUCACCCGGCCCUGUCCAUCGGUUCACAGCCGAGCGGCCUCGGGAGCAGCAGCAUCGACUCAACUCUCCGGACAGGGAGAACAAACCGGUUCCAGGCCCAUUGACGUCACACCCCGAUAUCAGACUGUUUUCCCGGGUCCACACUGAACACCAACCGGUUACGAUAUCUGAGAUAAUAGCCAGCAGGUGGUACUUCCUUCCACCCGGAAGGCGGACAAGCAGACGGCAAGCAAGCAACGUCAGUCAGAUUCAAAAUGGACACAGAUCUGAACUCGGCCUUCUCCGCCUUCCUGUCAAAUUGUGAGGAUCACCAACUUUUCCGGUUGACGAGAUUCUACAAGGAGCGACUGGAGCAGGCGAUUGAGGAGGGUGUGGAGGGAGUCGGAUUCAUGUUAAUGGGCGAUGAUCACUUCACCGGGCCAGAGUAUCACUGCGUGACUGAGCUGGCGGAGAAGGCAAAUCGAGCGGGCGCUUCCAAACUCCUCCUGGAUCUGGUGAUGGAGAAGGGCUCGGGGACCCGGAAGGUGAUGUGGGAAUCCUUUGUGAAACUACAUCACCAUUUACCGAAGCUGAGAAGAAUACUGAAUGAAAUACGGGAACGUGGUGAUGGCCAGUUCGCCUACAUGGACACUGAGCGGGGUUUAUCUGAAGUACCCAAGCAUCUGAAAGAUGUUCAAAAGAAACACAAGGAGACUUUGCGGACACAGACUGAAACACUGAGAGUGAACACAAUCCUGAUGAGGGAGAAGGUGAAGGUUUUCCAGCUGGUUGAUCGAUACGCUGAGCUCACAGUCAUUUCUACUGUUCGAGAUCGGACACUGGUGGAACACGAGCUGCUGGCAAGAGGCAGAGACCACGAGGAGUGGAGACAGAAACAUCUCCGCAGAGAGCUGGAGAAAAUUCACAUUGCUGAUCUAUUUCAUAAUAGUUACUCACGUAGCUUUCGGGACAAAAUGAAAAGAUUCUUCACACGAUUAACUUCGGGUUGUUCUGUAGCAAUGGCCGGAGUCCCGGGGAUCGGGAAAACGACACUGAUACAAAAGAUUGUUUACGACUGGGCCACGGGGAAAAUAUACCGACAAUUCCACUUUGUCUUCUGUUUCAAAUUCCGAGAUUUAAACUCCAUUAACUGCAGAAUAAACCUGAGGGAACUGAUUCUGGAUCAAUAUCCUUACUUUGGGAAUAUCCUGAGCGAGGUCUGGAGGAAACCAGAGGAAUUGCUGUUUAUUUUCGAUGGUUUGGAUGAAUUCAAACACAGAAUCGAUUUUGCGGACAGUCGGAGAGACACAGAACCCAAGCACCAGUGCCCAGAUCCCGAGUGGUGGUGUGAAGUGUCUGACAUAGUGUACAGUUUAAUCCAGGGCAAGCUGCUCCCAGGGUGUUCAGUGCUGGUGACCACCCGUCCCACUGCAUUACAUUUGUUGGAAAAGGCUGAGAUCAGUGUUUGGACUGAAAUUCUGGGAUUUGUUGGUGAGGAACGGAAGGACUAUUUCAGCAGGUAUUUUGAAGAUCAGACGGUGGCGGAAGCAGUUUUCAAACACGUGCAGGAGAAUGAGAUCCUGUACACUAUGAGCUACAACCCUUCUUACUGCUGGAUCCUCGCUCUGGCACUGGGCCCCUUCUUCACACAAAGAGUCAGGGACCCGCAGAGAGUUCCCAAGACCAUCACCCAACUGUAUUCCUACUAUAUUUACAACAUCCUCAAAAAUCAUGGCCGUGAGAUUGAGAGACCCCGUGAUGUGUUUCUCAGGGUGGGUCAGAUGGCCUACAGAGGAGUGUCUGAGAGGAAGAUUGUGUUUACAGAUGGAGAUUUGAUCAAGUACAGUCUGCAGCCUUCCCAGUUCCUGUCCGGGUUCCUGGUGGAGCUUUUGGAGAGAGAGGAUUCUGCCCAGAGCGUGGUGUACACAUUCCCAUACCUCACCAUCCAAGAGUUUGUAGCUGCAGUCGCACAAUUCCUGAAUCCACAUCCUGGCGAUAUCCUGAAAUUCCUCCCUGAAGCCCACAUCAUGACAGAUGGACGAUUUGAGGUAUUUCUCCGCUUUGUUGCUGGUCUCUCCAACCCAAUGACAACUCGGGGCCUGGAGGAGUUUCUGGGUCCAUUUCCUCAUCAAACAACCUGUCGGGUGAUUGACUGGUUGAAGAACAAGGUUAAACGCCAGAGUGGAAACACUGAUGACAUUGGGAGAAGGAGACUCCUGAACACAUUGCACUACCUGUUUGAGUCUCAGAAUCGUGGACUGGCUCAGGCCGCACUGGAAUCCAUGGACACACUUUCAUUCCGUGGAAUGACACUGACCCCGAUUGACUGCGCGGUCCUGUCUCAUGUCAUCGGACUCUGUAAUACAAUCAAACACCUCGACCUGGAGGAAUGCAACAUUCAGUGUGAAGGAAUCCAGCGGCUGGGACCCGGGCUGCACAAGUGCCAGGAGUUGAGACUCGGGGAGAAUGACCUGGGAGAUUCAGGAGUGAAACAGUUGUCUGCGGCUCUGAGCAACCCGGAGUGUAAAAUACAGAAACUGUGGCUGAACAAUGUCGGUCUCACAGACUCUGGUGCCGAGUAUCUCGUCUCCGCUCUCAGUACAAAACCAUCACUGACGGAGCUGGACCUGAAUUAUGAUAAAAUGGGAUAUUCAGGAGUGAAACUGGUGUUUUUGGCUCUUGGGAACCCGGUGUGUAAAACACAGAAACUGUGGCCGAACAAUGUCGGUCUCACAGAUUCUGGGGCCGAGGAUUUCGUUUCCAGUCUCAGUCCAAAUCGAUCACUGACGGAGCUGUACCUAAGUCUUGAUGAACUGGGAGAUUCAAGAGUGAAACUGGUCUCUGCGGCUCUGAGGAACCCGGAGUGUAAAAUAGAGAAACUGUGGAUGAGGAAUGUCGGUCUCACAGAUUCUGGGGCCGAGGAUCUCACCUCCGCUCUCAGUACAAACCCGUCACUGACAGAGCUGGACCUGAGUAAUAAUAAACUGAGAGAUUCAGGAGUGAAACUGGUGUCUGCGGCUCUGAGGAACCCGGAGUGUAAAAUACAGAAACUGUUGCUGUGGAGAGUCGGUCUCACAGAUUCUGGGGCCGAGGAUCUCAUCUCCGUUCUCAGUACAAAACCAUCACUGACGUGGCUGGACCUGAGAGAAAACUCUCUGACAGACCGAUCUGUCCCCGCUCUCCGCCGCCUCAUACUGACACUCCAGAGUCUGAAGCUGAUCUGGCUGGUGGGGAAUCGGUUCAGUGAGACCGGGGAAAAGGAACUGGAGCCUCUGCGGGGAGUCAGACCCGGACUGGAAGUGGCCGUGUGAACAUCUGAAUGGGGUCAAUCGGUUCAGUGAGACCGGGAGGAAGGAACUGAGAUCUCUGCAGGAACUGGAGCCUCUGCGGGGAGUCAGACUCGGACUGACAGUGAUCCUGUGAACAUCUGAAUGUGUGAACAUCCCCGCCCGCGGGAUGGAGCCGAUUCCCCCCUGCCCUUUAACUCGCCCUCCCCUUUAACUGCCCCCUGCCUCUCCACUUUAACUCUCCCCACCCCUCUCCUUUAACUCCCGCCCUUAACUUUAAUGGCCCCGAGCCGGGGCUGAUUCCCAACUGUCUUAACGGAACUGGCUCCGGUCUCGAGCUCGGUGAAAUCGGAAGCGCUCCCGCAGUGACGUGCUUCCGCCGGAUGUGCGGGUCCGAGACUCUCCCGCGUGCCACCCCGGGGAAUUACCCGGACGGGAGGAGCCCGGGGGGCCGGGGCUCAGUCUGGGACACUGGUGUCCCGGGAGAGAAUCCUUUUGCCCCCUCUGCUGAGGACGGGGCAUUCGGCUGUCUGGCUGAUAUAAUGAUGUUAAAUUGACAAAUACCUCAGCAAUGGCUUUGGAUCCGCAGCGACCCCGGACACGGCCCUGAAGUGUGAUUUUAUAAUCAUCGGUUCCCCGAUGCAGAGUGACGGUGAUAGACGGGACUGAUUAAUCUACCGGUCACCCGGUGUCGCCGGUCAGUUAAUUCCGAGUGUCUGUGAGCGAGUCGGGAACAGUGUGGCGACCCACUUUCUGCGCAGGUGCACCUGCUCACAAAUAGCCAGCGCUCCUGAGCUCUUCUGACGGCAUUUCCGCCCGGAGAGUGCGGGCACUCGGGAUGAAAUUCCAGCGCUGCGAAGUUUGAAUAAACUAGUCUGGAACAGAUUUAUCGACAGCGUGUCGUUGUCUCUAACUCUGUACGUAGUACAUAGCUACAACAGCUUAUUUAUUCCCGCAAGUCAGCAGCUCGCAUACUGUUUAAUUUGCAUUUAUCAUGAUGAAAUCAAUAAACCGCUGUAACUUCCUGA